GCGGGCCCGCCGGCGGGCCCGGUCUGACUAUGUAAAUUAGAAUGCUUAAAAGCGUCAAAUAUUCUAAACACACCGACCAAAUAACCGACUCAUAUUCUUUAGUACUACUUUAACUACGUGCAUGCAAAUUUACAGCCAUCUACAUGAAACCAGUCGCCAGAAAUCUCCAACUGAAAACAGCCUGUUUUUUCCCAUUGUUUACAUGAGGAACACGCCUCCCCAACAAAAUAGCCUUAUAAAAUAAUAUUAGUGUAUAAAAUAACAUCAGAUUAUAUUAUAGAAAAUUCACUUACUAUCACAGCUUCCACAAUACAGCACUGAUCCGCAGAUAAAAUAUCCAUAAAGUCCUUUAUUCGCCUGCUCACUCCUCCUCAAAAACAUGCGUUUUUUUUCAGCGCAGUCGGAACGUAAUAUUCUCAGGCUUCUAGCGAUCACUCAGUGUAAUGUUUUCACGUAAAUUUGUACGUGAAUACAAAGCUAAGGAUGUCCUCUUCUAGAUUCCGUGGUUUUUACUGGUCCAAAAACAACUGUUUUCCUUGAGUGGCAGUCUUUUUACCAAUGGCGUGAGCGCUGGAUCAAGUUGUUGUUCAGGGGUGUCCAAUCAAAUCAAGUCAUAGCUUUACUCCAGAAUCAAACAAGUGAUUGACACCUAUUUCAUCCAAUAGUCCACCCUCAGACGAAAACAUUGAUACGUAAUUUGCCCUGAUUGGUCUCUUAUGGCUGGGGGUGGGGAAUGCGCAACCGUGACCAAGCUGCGAGCUGUCCCAAAAAAAAAAAAACACAUCACAACGCUGAGUUCCAGGGCGCACUCAGAGCGCACACGUGUGAGUUUGUUUCGAGCGAUUUUUUCUACUUUUAACUGUUUUCGCCAGUAAGUGUAGAUCUCCAACAUUUUUGGACACCAUGGCUAGGAGGACGUUCACUCUGGCUGAAGUUCAUGACCAGUUGUUUAGGUCUGAUGAGCUGGAAGACGAGAGUGAUGACGGUUCAAUGGCAGCUAGCAUGGACUCGGAGGACGAGGACGCAUUCCUGCGUGGAAUUGAUGCUGUGCUCGACAUUGAAGUGGAUUCAUCCAGCACUGUUCCACCUUGCGUCCCUCCUUUGGAACCACUCCCAGGACCUUCAUCAUCUGUGGACGUCCCUCGCACCUCCGCUGGAGGACAGGCUAAUGGCAGUGGCACCAGGAGAACAGGCCCACCUCCAGCAAAAAGAAGAGUGCUCAUACCAUCACCUCCACCACCUGAAAUCUCUUCGCACACCUCAGCUGUGCAACAAUCAUAUUCAGAUGCCAGAUCCAGCAGGCAGAGAGCAAGUGCAGCGGAGAAGUGCCCAGCCCCAUCACCACCUGCAGCACUGGAGAGAUGGUUUGACAAGUCCGAGGAAGACGAGCAGCCUCGUCCACUGCAGUUUCGCCCCAGGAGGACCCCAGGAGUUCAGCUGGAUUUUCAGACAGACUACAGUGCCUCUGAUAUUUUCCAGCUGUUCUUCAGUAAAGAGGUGAUCCGUACCCUGUGCAGCAACACCAACAAAUAUGCGGCACGGAGAAGCGUGCAGGGCAUCAAGAGGCAGUGGACAGAUGUAAAUGCUGAUGAAAUGCUUAAAUUUCUCAGCAUAACCAUCUAUAUGGGACUGAUGAAGCCUUCCGCUACUCGGGACCUGUGGAGGAAGGACCGCUUGCACAGCCAUCCAUUUCCUGCUUCUGUGAUGGCUGGGUACCGGUAUGAGGCUAUCUCUGCAUACCUGCACAUGAGUGACCCAGAUGCAGAUGUCAAAAAUGAUCAGCUCAGAGGUCAGCCUGAGUACGAUGGUCUCUUCCGGCUGAAGCCACUUCAGGAACAGAUCUUGGCUGCCUGCAGGGCCUACUACCAGCCACACCAGAACCUCUCUAUUGAUGAGCGCAUGGUGGCCACCAAGGCAAGAAUCAGGAUGAAGCAGUACAUGAAGGACAAGCCCACCAAGUGGGGGUACAAGCUCUUCAUCCUGGCUGACAGCUGCAGUGGCUACACAUGUGACUUCAGUGUGUACGAGGGGAAGGCAAGGAAACCAACAGGAAAUGGCCUGAGCUUCGACGCUGUUGUCAGUCUGCUCCAUGUGCCCUCUCUGGGCACAGGGUACACGGUGUAUGUUGACAACUUUUACACCAGCUCAAUGCUCUUCCGUCACCUGCACAGAAUUGGUUUUGGGGCCUGUGGAACCAUCCGUGAGACCAGGAUAGGCUUCCCCAAAACAACAGCCAAUGCCCUGCCAAAAAAAGCAGACCGUGGUGAGAUGCGAUGGAUCAGGGAUGGCCCACUGCUGUUUGUAAAGUGGAGGGACACACGCGAUGUCACAAUGUGCUCCACUCUCCACAAAGCUUACAGCGGGCAGUCUGUGCAGCGUCGUGUCAGAAGCAAAAAUGGAACCUGGUCCACCCAACAGAUCUCUGUGCCGGAACCUGUGAAAGCAUACAACAAGUUCAUGGGGGGAGUUGACUUGUCUGAUGCUCUCAUAAAGUACUACUCUGUGACACAGAAGACCAGGCGUUGGUAUGUGAAGCUGUUUCUUCAUUUUGUUGACAUUGCCGUGGUGAACAGCUUCAUCAUCCAAAAGGAGAUGGCCCUGGCAAGGCAGCAGAAGUCUCUCAGCCAGAAGAGCUUCAGGGAGGUGUUGUGUAUGGAACUGGCUGAUGUUGGGCAGCCACAGGUAUCCAUACCUGCAGAAGUCCCCAGUGAGCCAUCGAUGCCUCCAAGUCCAGAGUGUGGACCACAGGGGUGCUUCCCUGUUCCAGUGCCUGACAUGUCCACUGAGAAUCGGCUGAAAGCCACACAAGGCAGAAGGAAAUGUGUGCACUGCAAGAUGAAAACAAUGUUCAUGUGUAGAUCGUGCAGUGUUCCACUCUGCAUAAUUGUGGACCGAAUGUGCUUUACAGAGUGGCACGACCAGAAGAGCUCUUAG